UCUUUAGUGACCAACAUGUCUUGGAUAUUUCACACGGCCAAACAAAUUUUAAGCCAAAAUCGUAUUAUUUCCCGUGAAUUAUAUGAAAAUGUCAGAGAAAAUGCAUCGAAGGUAAUCAAAAGCAACAGGCAGUUUUUUAGUGUGGUAGCCCUGCUGCAAUUCGCCGUUAUUGUUGGUGAUAUGGAGCCAAAGAAACGCACACGACAUGUUAGCAAGGCAAAGUACGAGACGACUCUGGAUUCCAAGGCACAACAUUAUUUAAAUGCACUCAAAGUGCGCUGGAUGCAGUUGCACGAUAUCCCCGGCCUAUUUGCCUAUCAGCUCCAAGAGUCCAGACCUGGACGCAAACUGCCAGGCAAAUGUGGUUUCUAUGCAGAGUUAAAUGCGGAUCGCACAUUGAAAAGACGCGUACCACAAACCAUUGAGAGCUUAAGUCCCACAUUUCGGCCCAAACAAUUUAAUUUUAACAAAGUGGAUGCUAUGGAGGUCAUGAUGACUAUAGAUGAGGAGAGAGACAACGCAGAGGUGCAGAUGAUUAUCAACAAGAGUCCCAUUACCAAAUACCAUACGCUCAUCUGCCCGGAAGUGAAAAAGGAACUAGUUCAACGAAUCACCUGCUCGGCACUCAACUUCUGCAUUACAUUUAUGCGGAAUAUCACUGAUCCAAACAUGCGUCUGGGAUAUAAUAGUCCAGGUGCUUUGGCUUCAGUGAAUCAUUUACAUUUCCAUCUGCUGCACAUACCACGCAACCUAUACAUUGACAAUGUGGAACUGAAGCCUUUGGCAGGGAACUAUGUUUAUCGCCUGAAAAAUAAGGAACCCACGGAAGCGAUUUGUUUUGUAUUUGACGGUAAGGAGAGUGAGGAUGAUUUGAAGGAAAAGGUUCAGCAAAUUCAUCAAAUCACGGAAUGGCUAUGCAACAACCAGUUGCCACACAAUCUAUUCAUGACACACGACCGAAAAACAAAUGAUUUGCGUGUAUUCCUUUUUGUGCGAUCGAAAUAUUGUGUAAACAAGGAUGCAUGCGUAUUCAAUGUCGGCUUCUGCGAGUUGGUCGGCUUUCUACCUGUGGGUGAUGAGGAGAAACUGCAGAGUCUGACAGAGCAAGUAGUGAUCGAUAGAAUCAAGGAUCUGACUGGUGAUGCUUUCGAAACCGCUUAUAGGCAGACAAAACGCAUCAUCGAUGGCAGCAACAGUACUCUAUGGCCUAUUUUGAUAUAAAAAUGUUUCAAGUAGU